ACCGACAACCGUACAUCCCUCAUUCGUUCGUGGGCAGGAAAGUUGGCUUACGUUUUUCUCGGCUUGACGGACGUGAACGACACGAAAUCUAAUUGUAAUCAAAGAGUAUAAAGCAGAUCUCGUUGCUACGAUCAUCUGACGCCCUGGGAUUGAUCCUAUCUUCGAAUUAAACUACGGAUUUACUCUUCACCUCCUCAUCAUGAAGUAUCUCGUGGCUGUGACGACACUAUUGAGCACCGUGUCGGUGUCGGCUUUUGUGCCUCAAAAAGCGGCCUUUGGCGCCUUGACUCCUUUUGGAUCUCGCACUGGAGUGAAAAUGGCCGAUACGGAAACGAUCUUUGACCAGGAACAGUACAUUGCCGAAUCCAAAGAAAUGCGGCUCAAACAUUUGGAGGAGCAGGCCAUGUUUGCUCUCAAGAUUGCUGUGGAGAAUUACGGCAACGCGGUCUUUCCCAACGCCAUGAUUGCGGGCGAUGUUGUUAUUACUCACCUCUUGUCGCGUCUCGGAUACCUGGAAAACGGCAAAGCCAAAAUUAUGGUUGUCGAUACCUUCCAUCUCUUCCCCGAAACGAUGGAGUUUCUUGAGAAAUUGGAAGAGCACUACAAUUUCAAGGCCGACGUCUUCUGCGCCGACAAGAUACCCGUUGGCGACAAGGAUGCCUUCGACAAGCGCUACGGUGCCAAUCUUUGGAAGGAAGAUAUAGACGAGUAUGACCGCGUUUGCAAGGUGGAGCCUUUCCAGCGAGGUCUCAAAACACUCAAGACUGACUGCAUGAUCAACGGACGUACCCGAUGGCAAGGAUUCGAACGCGCCUGGAUUGAUUUGUUCGAAAACGCUCCCAUUGGUGGCGGACUCGCCAAAUGCAACCCCAUUGCCUACUGGACUUUGGAAGAUACCUUUGACUAUAUUGCCAAAUACGAUGUCCCGUACCACCCGCUCCACGAAAAGGGAUACCCCAGUAUUGGUGACGCCAAGGACACUAUUCCGGUUCCGGAAGACGGCUCGGUUCGAUUU